AUGGCUUGGCAGCCAGGGCGGCCAGUGGGCAGCCAUCCUCCACCUCUGGUCUGUUCCAAGUAAGAAUGAGCGUGCUGAAGGAGCUGUUAAAGCGAGGACUGUAUGAGUAUCACUAGGUGAACUCGUUCUUCUGGAGAUAUUGUCUGCGGUUGGAAAAUGGUAGGAGCCCAGGAUAAAUUUUUGAAGAGUUAGUAGAGAUAUUAUUCAUAUUCGGAAGGCAUGGGCUGAGCCGAGUACAUUAAGACGGUCAGAGUAUAAAUUAAAAGGUAAGGGAUAUAGUAUAGCUGAUUCACGGCUGGCUUGAGUCAUCGAAAAAAGGGUCCUGACACGACAAGCACUUUUUUCCGCUCUCGUCCGAGAAUCAAUCCGACGCCCGUCAGCCCUGGACAAGCUGGGCGCCGUACUGUUCCUACAUGGAGAAGCAGUGAUCGUCGGAAACGCUCGAUAAACGUCUACUACAAGCACAAGAGAGGCGAGAUGCUCUACGCGCCGUCUACACUUGAUCAACGACAUUAUCGCGAACCGACAAACAACUCUUCAAUUAUUCCAUGA